AUGUUCAAAAAGUUGCGUGUAGAGCUCCCAUUCUCUGAAGUUCUUGAAAAGAUGCCUCAAUAUGCUAAAUUCAUGAAGGAGAUACUCUCAAAGAAAAGGAGGUUGAGUGAAGAGAAUGAGAUCAUUGAGCUUACUGAGGAGUGUAGCGCUAUUCUACAAAGGAAGCUUCCACCCAAACGAAAGGAUCCAGGUAGUUUCACCCUACCUGUUAAUUUUGGGGCUUCAAAGCAAGUGAGAGCCUUAUGUGAUUUAGGGUCAAGCGUCAACUUAAUGCCCCUAUCAAUGUUUGAGCGACUUAAUGUUGGAGAAUUAAAGCCGACAAUGAUGAUGCUUCAGUUAGCGGAUCGCUCCAUAGUGGCUCCAUGGGGAGUUGUUGAAGAUGUGCUAGUAAGAGUAGGAGAGUUCGAGUUCCCGGUGGACUUUGUGAUAAUUGAUAUGGAUGAGGACUCUAAAAUACCAUUGAUUCUGGGAAGACCAUUCCUAGCCACUUCACAAGCGAAAAUAAAUGUGGGGAAAGGAACAAUAUCUUUAAGGGUAGCUGAUGAGAAGAUCACUUUCAAUAUAUUUGACCUGAAGCCAAAACCAGGAGAGAAGAAUGAUGUAUUCUUGGUGAAGAUGAUGGAAGAGUGGAGUGAUGAAAAGCUGAAGCAGUUUUUCCUAAAAGAAAAAGCUGUUGCAACAAAUAAAAAGAAAGAGGAAGACGUGCAGAGCGACCAAACUAAGCAAGUAUACUCAAUGAGCAUGGUUGUCAACUCCGAGCAGAAGAAGGAGAUCAAUACCAAGCAGAAGGAGGAAAUGAAGUCAGAGCAAAAGGAGAAGAUCUACUUAGAGGAAAAGGUAAAAGGUGGGUGCUUCCAAUGGAAGCCAAAGCGUAAGAAAGAAGAGAAAUCUUCAAUCCCUCUUAACUCUAAAUUUAAUGAUUGUGUUUUAGCUCUUGAGGUUGCAUCCAAAAAUCUAACUAUGGUGUGUGCUCAGCUGAAAGAUUCCAAAAGUGCAAUGCACUAUGAGAUAAACUCUAGAUGA